CCCCUGUGGCGCUGACGUGCCGGGCGGCCGUGCCGUGCCGUGCCGGGCGGCGGAGGGCGGCGCAGAGCAGCGGCGGCGGCGGGGCUGGCAGCCGGGAGCCGAGGGAGGGAGGCGGCAGGAAAUACUGGCUAGAUCCCACAAUGGAGGACGGGAAGCCCGUUUGGGCUCCACACCCAACUGAUGGGUUUCAGAUGGGGAUGAUUGUGGACAUUGGCCCUGACAACUUAACUAUUGAACCUUUGAAUCAGAAAGGCAAGACUUUCCAGGCUGCUAUCAAUCAAGUGUUUCCUGCGGAAGAGGACAGCAAAAAGGAUGUAGAAGAUAAUUGUUCCCUCAUGUAUCUAAAUGAAGCCACUCUCCUUCACAAUAUCAAAGUUCGGUACAGUAAGGACAGAAUUUACACCUAUGUAGCCAACAUUCUUAUUGCAGUGAAUCCAUAUUUUGAUAUACCUAAGUUUUAUUCUUCAGACACUAUUAAAAAGUACCAGGGGAGAUCACUUGGAACAUUGCCACCACAUGUCUUUGCUAUUGCUGACAAAGCAUUCCGUGACAUGAAAGUGCUCAAAAUGAGUCAGUCCAUCAUCGUCUCUGGAGAAUCAGGAGCUGGCAAGACAGAAAACACUAAAUUUGUUUUGAGGUAUUUGACAGAAUCCUAUGGUUCUGGCCAAGACAUUGAUGAUAGAAUUGUAGAAGCAAAUCCCCUGUUAGAAGCCUUUGGAAAUGCAAAGACUGUUCGCAACAACAACAGCAGUCGUUUUGGGAAAUUUGUUGAAAUUCACUUCAAUGAAAAGAACUCGGUGGUUGGUGGAUUUGUGUCACAUUACCUUCUGGAGAAAUCUAGGAUCUGUGUGCAAGGCAAAGAAGAGAGGAAUUACCAUAUCUUUUACAGGCUUUGUGCUGGUGCUCCAGAAGACAUUAGGGAAAAGCUCUAUCUAAGCUCUCCUGACAACUUCAGGUAUUUAAAUCGGGGCUGUACCAGGUACUUCGCUAACAAAGAAACAGACAAGCAGAUUUUGCAGAAUCGCAAGAGUCCUGAGUAUCUCAAAGCAGGUUCCUUGAAGGAUCCGCUCUUGGAUGACCACGGAGAUUUUAACAGAAUGUGCACGGCCAUGAAGAAGAUCGGGCUGGAUGAUGAUGAGAAACUGGAUCUUUUUAGAGUAGUGGCUGGUGUCCUUCACCUGGGAAACAUUGAUUUUGAGGAAGCUGGGAGCACUUCAGGGGGCUGCGCGCUGCGGCCGCAGAGCCAGCCGUCGCUGGAGCGGUGCGCGGCCCUGCUGGGGCUGGAGGAGGAGGACCUGCGGGGCAGCCUCACCAGCCGCGUCAUGCUCACCACGGCGGGGGGCGCCAAAGGAACGGUCAUCAAGGUACCUUUGAAAGUGGAACAAGCAAACAAUGCUCGUGAUGCCUUGGCUAAAACAGUGUACAGUCAUCUGUUUGACCACGUAGUGAACAGGGUAAACCAGUGUUUUCCCUUUGAGUCAUCUUCUUUUUUCAUCGGAGUUCUAGAUAUAGCUGGUUUUGAAUACUUUGAACACAACAGUUUUGAACAAUUCUGUAUUAAUUACUGUAAUGAAAAACUGCAGCAGUUUUUUAAUGAAAGGAUUCUGAAAGAGGAGCAAGAACUUUACCAAAAAGAAGGCCUGGGGGUUAAUGAAGUGCGCUACGUAGAUAAUCAGGACUGUAUAGAUUUGAUUGAAGCGAAAUUAAUAGGUGUACUGGAUAUUUUGGAUGAAGAAAAUCGUCUUCCCCAACCGAGCGACCAGCAUUUUACUUCAGUUGUGCACCAAAAACACAAGGACCAUUUCAGACUCUCUAUUCCUAGGAAGUCUAAAUUGGCUGUUCACAGAAAUAUCAGAGAUGAUGAAGGCUUUAUUAUCCGACACUUUGCAGGAGCAGUGUGCUACGAGACGAUGCAAUUUGUGGAAAAAAACAACGAUGCUUUGCACAUGUCCCUUGAAUCUCUCAUAUGUGAAUCCAAGGACAAGUUUGUUCGACAGCUGUUUGAAUCUAACACCAACAACAACAGGGAUCCCAAACAAAAAGCUGGGAAGCUUAGUUUCAUCAGUGUGGGAAACAAAUUCAAGACUCAGUUAAAUUUGCUUCUUGAGAAGCUUCACAGUACUGGGUCUAGCUUUAUUCGCUGCAUCAAACCCAAUUUGAAGAUGACAAAUCACCAUUUUGAAGGAGGCCAGAUCCUCUCCCAGCUUCAGUGUUCAGGAAUGGUGUCUGUUCUGGAUUUGAUGCAAGGUGGUUUCCCUUCACGAGCUUCAUUUCAUGAGCUCUAUAACAUGUACAAGAAAUACUUGCCUGAGAAAUUGGCUCGACUGGAUCCUAGGCUUUUUUGCAAGGCACUAUUUAAAGCCUUGGGACUGAAUGAAAAUGACUACAAAUUUGGGUUAACCAAGGUGUUUUUUAGACCCGGCAAGUUUGCAGAGUUUGAUCAGAUAAUGAAGUCUGAUCCGGAUAACUUAGCAGAGCUGGUGAAACGAGUGAAUCGCUGGCUGAUCUGCAGUCGUUGGAAAAAAGUUCAGUGGUGUUCGCUCUCGGUGAUUAAAUUGAAAAAUAAGAUAAAAUAUCGAGCCAGUGCCUGCAUUAAAAUCCAAAAGACUAUUCGUAUGUGGCUUUGCAAAAGAAAGCACCAACCACGCAUUGAUGGGCUGAUAAAAGUGCGUACCCUGAAGAACAGACUUGGUAAAUUUAAUGAAGUAGUGAGUGCUCUGAAGGAGGGGAAGGCAGAGACAAGCAAGCAGGUCAAGGAGCUGGAGUGUUCCAUUGAUGCUUUGAUGACCAAAAUUAAGACCACUAUAAUGACUAGGCAACAGAUACAGAAAGAAUAUGAUGCUCUGGUUAGAAGCUCCGAGCAGCUUCUGAGCGCGCUGCAGAAGAAGAAGCAGCAAGAGGAGGAAGCAGAGAGGCUGCGGCGCAUCCAGGAGGAAAUGGAAAAAGAAAGAAAGAGGCGUGAAGAGGAAGAACAAAAACGAAGGAAGGAAGAGGAGGAAAGGCGUCUGAAAUCUGAGAUUGAGGCAAAGAGAAAACAGGGAGAAGAAGAGAGAAAAAGGAGGGAAGAGGAAGAAAAGCGGAUGCAGGCUGAAAUUGAGGCUCAGCUGGCAAGAGAGCGAGAAGAGGAGACCCAGCACCAGGCAGUGCUGGAACAGGAACGUCGGGACCAUGAACUUGCAAUGAGGAUUGCCCAGAGCGAGGCAGAACUCAUCAGUGAUGAGGCUCAGCUGGAUUUGGGAUUGCGCAGAGCCAAUGGAACAAAGCCCCAAAUGACUGCGGAACAAAUGGCCACAGAAAUGUCAGAAAUAUUGUCUAGGAGUCCUUCAGUUCAAGCCACGAAAGCUGCUGCUGGUACUAAGAAGCACGAUCUCAGUAAGUGGAAAUACGCAGAGCUUCGUGACACAAUCAAUACAUCCUGUGAUAUUGAGCUGUUGGCAGCUUGCAGAGAAGAGUUUCACAGAAGGUUAAAGGUUUAUCAUGCUUGGAAAUCCAGGAAUAAGAAGCGUAACGCGGAAGCAGAACAGCGUGCUCCCAAAUCAGUCACAGACUAUGAUUUUGCACCAUUUUUGAGCAACUCACGUAAUCACCAACAGAACCCGACAGCCCAGCUCCCGGCCAGGCACCAGGAGAUAGAAAUGAACAGGCAGCAGCGUUACUUCCGCAUCCCCUUCAUCCGCCCCGCCGACCAGUACAAGGACCCCCAGAACAAGAAGAAGGGCUGGUGGUACGCCCACUUUGAUGGGCCCUGGAUCGCUCGGCAGAUGGAACUUCACCCUGACAAGGCACCCAUUCUUCUGGUAGCAGGUAAGGACGACAUGGAUAUGUGUGAGCUCAACCUGGAAGAGACUGGCUUGACUCGCAAGCGAGGGGCUGAGAUCCUGCCCAGGCAGUUUGAGGAGAUCUGGGAGCGCUGUGGUGGCAUCCAGUACCUGCAGAACGCCAUCGAGAGCAGGCAGGCCCGUCCCACCUACGCCACCGCCAUGCUGCAGAACCUCCUCAAAUAAACCCUCCUCCUCCUCCUCCUCCUCCUCCACGGGUUCCAGCCCAGGACACAAAGGGAAGAGCUCCUCUGCGCCACAGGGGACGUGGGGCAUUCCACAAUCACCUUAGAGAUGUCCAAUAUAAAGUGAACAGAUUUUAUUAAUCACCUGGUUUGUUAAUUUCUACUUCACGACGUUUAAUUUGUGUUUAGUGAACUCUACUAGCUAUGAGGACCUCCAAACGAUGUCAGGCAGUUGUAGUUUGUUGCAUUUUUUUUUUUUUUUUUUUUUUUUUUUGUUUAUGUUGCAUUUUCUGUGGGGGUUCCUGCUCUAACUCCUAACCCUUCCAGCCCCCUUCCAGCCCUCGGCUGCGUCUCCUGGGGUCUGUGCUGCAGCCCCCGCUCUCUGCGUCCCCUCUCUCACCCACCCAGCUCCUGGCUUCAAGCUGGGAACUGGGAAAGAGGAUUCGCUGUUUCCUGUAACUGGAAUCGUGAGGCCUUAGCUUUGACUUCUGUUCCGGAGAAGUUGGAGUGUACUUUUAUAUAAUCUGAGACAUUUUCAAUGUCCUGAUGUGAAAACUGGCUAGUGGCUGUACUUACUGACUGCUCCAGAAGCUGACGGGAAGUCCUCCUGAGCUUGAGACCCAUAAAUCCCUAUUUCAUGCGUUCUCUGUCUUGGUUUCAGAGAACUGCUUUGCUGUACAUUCAUGUACAUCAAUAGUGUGUGACACCAGAGGUGCCCCAGGAAUGUCCUGCUCGUCAGGGCUCCCACCGCUUCUCUCUGAGGUUCUUUUUUUUUCUCUUACAGUACCAAUUUCCUUUAGACUUCUGUUUUUCUGACCAAAUUUCCAUUAGGAAUUCUUGGGACAGCUUUAUGCAGGCAGUGUAAUUUCAA